UGUAAGGGAUCAUUCACACGCCUUCUAUCAACUAGUUUUGUUCUUUUUCGGACCUUUUUUCUGUUCAAUAUCUCUUCUUCCGAAGUUUCUGUUUGUUUCUGUGACAAUUAAUACGGCGGUUACAUCUGCAGAGGGUUUCUUGACGGUGGACAUUGUAUAUAUAUAGGGCCCUCCUCAAAACAAUUCUCAUUCAGUUUAUUCAAGAAUCAGAGAUAUUUUUGAGAGAAUAUAAAAAAUGGAGGGUGGGAAAAAAACACAAUCAGGAUCUUCACUCACUUCUGGUCUUUUUGGCUCAAAGAACGCUGCUUCUGGUUCAUCUUCUGGGAUUUACGGAUCACUCUUCACUCCUCCUGAUAAGGUCCUGGGACAGGCGUACUCUUUCCAUUCAUUAGAAUCCAGGAAGAAAGAUAAUGCUGUAAAUCAGGAUUGGAGUGCCAUGACUGGAUUUCCAGAUAACAAUGCUUUGAUCAAUGAAGGCCAAAGCCAGAGCAGUCGAAGCAAGGACGUGAAUUCAUAUUUUCAGGAGGAGAAAACGAAACCGUGUAAUUAUAGUUCAUCGAUAUACUAUGGUGGCCAAGACCUAUGCACUUUCCCGGAGAGCACGAAAGGAUCUAGCUUUACAACUUUCAAUAAAUAUGAGGCAGAGGACGACUCUGGCAUGGCUUCGAGAGGGAACUGGUGGCAGGGAUCCCUUUAUUACUAACUGGUUAUCAUCCCCAUGGCAUGUGAAAUACCAGAUACUUACCUAGCAUACAGAAAUUGAAGAUAUCAAGAAUGGGCAACUGUUGGUAGUAUAUAUCACAGAAAACAACAAUUUUGACUAUGGAACAAGGACCACCUCUGUUCCUUGUUGGAUAAGGUUUAAAUGAAAAUGAUUUUUGUUUGAAAGUUAUUGUCAAAUAUUGUUGCUUUGGAUUCUGUUUGACCACAUUUUGGAAUCUAGAAAACUUUGUUGCCAGAUUUUAGAUAAGAUUAGAUGGGAUUAAUCAUGUGGAAAAAUUUCGAAGUGACGCGGAAAUGGUGAGCAACAUGAGCAUUGAAAUUGGUGUAUUUUGUAGUGAUGUGGAGAGGGGGAUAUUGCUGGAUGUACAAUAACAAUUACAAUGGACAAACAUGAAAAUUAGAUACA